AUUCAUCACAUCAUUCAGGGUUAGCUCGUUCAAAUGCAUGCACUUACACGAACGCAUUGUAUUAAGUUCGGUCCGAACGAUCCUCGAUCCGUAUUCAUCGAUAGUUUGAAACGAUAGCGCCUCACUUCCUUCCUCGAUCAAGUUCACUUUAUUAUUCCGAUAUUCGCAGUAAAGCGUGAAAAAAGCAUCGACCUCGUCUCUCUAUAAAAGUCGCGAGAUUAAUCAGUCUAUUCCCCAGUCCCAUUCGAACCCGCGACGAGCAAUUGACAUUGACCAUGUUUUCGUCAUGUCGAGGAAUUCUCGCGUACGUCGUCACUUCAAAUUACAUCAGAGCUUUAAUCUGCUGAGUUUCAGAUUAUUCAAUAGGAUAAAAACAGAGAAAAAAUUCUGAACAGAAGAAGAUAAUUUAUUCAAUCCUGAAUUCGUAAUGGAGGUACCAAGUUUUGCCGACCUCGGGAAAAAUGCAAGGGAUGUCUUCAAGACGGCCUACCAUCAAGGCAAGGGCCUUAUCAAACUCAACGUCAAGACUAAAUCCGCCAAGAGGUUCCAAAUGACAAGUGACACAACUUUGAAUUUCGAGGCGUCGAAGUUGAGCGGUUUAAUGGAAACGAAGUACAAGACGGACGCCGGAGCUCUGCUGCUGAAAUGGACGACUGAAGGCGUGCUUCUUCUGGGAUAUGAGUUUAACGGGCUGCUAAUGAAGGGUGUCGAUUUGCUCUCCGAGUGCGCUUACAAUCCGCAGACGUCCGCGAAAAGCGUGAAGGUCGGCUCGCAAUUCGCAAACGAGAGGAUCAACGCACGCUGCGAGAUCUGUCAGUUUAUGCACUCUAAUUAAAUCUAUAUAAUUAGUUUUACAUUUAUCGGAAUUUCGCGAUAGAUUUUUUUUCUGACUUUUCCCGAAGGCAAAUGUCAACGCUUUCUUCUAAAGAUUUAAAAGUUAAUUGGUUCACUGACAAUAUUCGUAGGUUUGUCAUAAAACCUAGGCUUUUCUAUCAAGCACGGCAAAAAAUUCGCGGAACAAAUUUAUUCUCCAUUUAUAAAGUUUUGCAAGGUAACAGCUUCUAUUAGAUCGCUGUUUGAACGAUAGAUAAAAGGCUUUACAUACUAUGUUUAUAUUUUUAUCUAUGAAGGAUGAAAAAGAUUGAUUA